AUGCUAUUCAACGUAGGAAUCUUACGUCGAAGGCUGCCUUUCAAUGCUGCUCUAGUAAGAUUGAAGAAUCAGCCACAGUUUAAAAGGCUUAUAAAUACAUCAAAACCAGUCUAUACGAAUGGACAUGCAGCAUUCAAUGAGACCACUAACAAGAAGACAGAAAACGGGAUAAAACAAUUGAUUCAGAAGUACGGAUACUCGGCUUUAAUUGUGUAUGUUGGUGUGUCAUUAAUUACAGUGUCCUCAUGUUUCUUUGGUGUUCACUCUAUAGGUGAAGAAAAAGCUAGAAUAUACAUAAAUCGUGCCAAGAGACUGUUUGGGUAUGGAGAAGCGGAUGAGAAUAAGGUAGUUGAGAAAAUGCACAAGAAGAAGCUGGAAAACUCAACGAAGAAUGCGAAAGAUUGGAAAAAUAGCCAUUUAUUGGCAGAAUUUUUGAUAGCGUAUGGAUUGUACAAGAGUUUAAUAUUCAUUAGAAUUCCUAUUGUGGCAGCGGCAACACCGUAUGCUGCAAGAAUCUUUCAGAGGCUUGGGUUUACGAAGAUAGUUGGCAAUAAUAGGACGGUAGCUUCAAAAUAUGUAAAUGGUCAAGUUCCAAGACAAAAGAAAACGACUGGUCAGAAAUGGUUUAAUGGAUUGAUGUAG